AUGGGGAAUGACAAAUCGAUUGAAGAUCUUUAUAAGCUUUUAAGCUGCUUAAAUACAAAAAUAGAUAAUGCACAAGAAACUUUAAAUGACAUAAAAUCCGAAGUUUCCGGUUUGUCAGCCAAAAUUGUUAAAUUAGAAGAAGAAAAUAUAACAUUAAAAAAUCAAAUUAAAUCUUUAGAUCGCAGGCUACGGAAAAAUAACUUAGUUGUGUUUGGCCUCGAAACAAAGGACGCCUCUCUAUCUCUGCAAAAACUAAGCCAAAUAUUAGAAGUACCACUAGACUUGUCGCAUUUUAACAAUAUAUAUUUCAUUCCUAACAAAAAUAAUCAAGUGAUUUUGAAACUAGAAUUAAAUUCUUAUCUCAUAAAAACUAAAAUAUUUGGCAGCCUGAAUAAGUUGAAGAAUACCAAAAUGUACAUCACAAACGAUUUAAACGCUAAAGAUCAACUCACACAAAAAACUUUGAGAGGUUAA